GGCCCUUGGCUGUCUGUACUGGGAUCAGACCGGCGGCCCUUUGAGGACGAUGGACCCUGCGAUCCCGCCGGGCCCUGGCUCCAGGACCAGGACCAGGAUGGACCCCAGAACCUCAGCGUGCAGACGCGUACUCGGUGUGAGCCUGCUGGUGGCCGGCACACUGGUUUCCAUGGUAACAUCGAGCUCACCUGCUGCAGGUGUGCUGGACUUCAACAGGACCUCCUCCCGCCUACCCCUUUCACCAUCCUCAUCUACCCCCAGCAUCCCCCUGCACACUCGCCCCACCCAUCCAGACGUCUUCCCCACCUGGGAUGAAGACUACGACCUGGAGGACAUGAUGCCUCUGGAGCCGACGGAGCUGCUACUGCCGGACAUGAACAGUCUGGAGUACUACACGAACCUGUUAGCCCGGGAGAGAGAGAGAGAGAGGGAAAGAGAGAAGGAGCGAGAGAGGGAGAGAGACCAGGACCUUGUCCACCGGACUGACUCCAAACCCCCCAUCACUCCCACAACAACCCAAACCCACCGUUCCCCUCCACCACCAAGCUUUGGUCAUCCUCCAGGACAGGAGUCUAAGCAUCCCCCAUCGGGACCCACCCCUCCCCUCACCCUCUCACCCACUCUCACAGGUGAGGAGAAGUCAACCACCAUCAGAACCCCAUCCACCUUUUCUCCUCCUGCUCCAAAACCCAAAGACCAUGUCCCAGUCCCGGGCAGACACCCUUUUCGUCCCCCUUCCAACACCACCGGCCGGGUGCCUCCCCCUCCACCGCUGGGACCACCCACCCGCCCCGACAGACCGGAGAGGCCUCCAGUGGUCAUAGAGAAACCAGCAAAGGUUCCAACCACCAGGACCACCACCACCACCACCAAGGCCACAACCACCACUACUGCCAUCACCACCACCACCCAGAUCACAGCCAUCAGCCUGACCAGAGCCCCUCCAGUCACUACGCCCAGAGUGGCCCAGACCCCGCCCACCAGACAGUACCUGUGUAACGUCACCAAACCAGAGAUGUACCUGGUCAGAGUAGUCAAUUCAAAAGGUUCGUCAGCAGGUUUCACUCAAGUCAGAGAUCUUCUGAAGAGGGAGUUCAACCGUUCAGUGGAGCUCCAGUUCCUGAGAACUCCAUCUAGUUUUGCUUUCCGAGUUGUGUCGGGGCCAAUGAUCUUCACCGCCAUCUCAGUCAUCAACGCCCUCCGCCAACCACCACGCAGCUUUGGUCCUGUUCCCACCGUGUCACCGCUCUACACCAUACCUGACCUCAGGUACCAGAUCCACUCUGUGCUGCAGUUUGUCCCCACCCAUGUCGACGUCAGAGUUUGUAACUUCAGCGAACGGGUGGAGAGAGGCCUGAUGAUGGCAUACGCCGAGACACGGAGACGAUUACAUGAAGCGGGAAACGUCACAGUACAGCUGUUGAACAUCACCAUGGCCGUUAAUCGGCCAGCGGUGGAGCAGAAGGUAUCCAUCGACAUCACCUUUGCAGUGCGUGAUGGGCGGGACUACCUGCCUGGGUCAGAGGUCAGCGAACACCUGAGGAAGCUCAGCCUGGUCGAGUUCAGCUUCUACAUCGGUUUUCCUGCCCAGCAGAUCGCAGAACCUUUCCACUACCCUGAGCUGAACACGUCUCACCACCUGCGAUCCACCUGGGUCCGUACAGUCCUGUUGGGAGUUCAGGAGCAGUUGGUGGCUGAGAGGAGUUUUAAAGCUCGUCUGGAGAGACGUCUGGCUCUGCUGCUGGAGGAGGGACUACAGACGUCCAGCAGGAGGCGCUUGAAGAGAGCUACAGCUGUGGGCAACAACAGUCUGCAGGUGGUUCGGGUGUCGAAGCUGUCAGGUCCGGAGCGCCCCCUGGAGGUCUUUUAUUUCGUGGAGGGUCCAGGUGGUGAGCGGAUCCCGGCCGAGGCGACCGCGGCCACCCUGAACCGCCUGGACCUUCAGAGAGCCGCCAUCGUCCUCGGACACCGAGUCCAGAGACCGCUUGCCCAACCUGUAGAGACUCUAUCUAUCCCUCCAGCGGAAACUCAGAGCAGCAGUAUCUGGCUGAUUGUCGGCGUGGUCGUCCCCGUCUUGCUGGCUGUCUUCAUCAUCAUCAUCCUCUACUGGAAGCUGUGCGGCUCAGAGAAGCUCGAGUUCCAGCCAGACGCCAUCAACACCAUCCAGCAGAGGCAGAAGCUCCAGGCUCCCAGCGUGAAAGGCUUCGACUUUGCGAAGCUCCACCUCGGGCAGCACAGUAAAGAUGACAUCAUGGUGAUCCAGGAGCCUGGCCCACUGCCCGCCCCCAUCAAAGAGGCCACGCCCUCUGAUGGUGGAGACCUCAACACGCCCAAAUCUAAAGGAUCAUCCACCAAGGUGGCACGAUCCAGCCGCCGCAGGGGCAGGCUCAGCCCGUCAGACGGCGACUCGCUGGGCAGCGACCAAUCGAGCGGCAGAGAAUCAGCAGAAGAAAGCACUCGACCAGUGGCCACGCCCAGUGAAGGGAAACAGCACAGGAAGACGCCCAAAAAUGGGAGGAGCAAGAUGGGCAGCGGUCCAGACGAACUUCUCUCUUCGUCCUCCAUCUUCGACCACGUCGACCGUCUGUCACGCGGCUCGUCCGAUGGCACCCGACGCCAGGCCAACAAGGUACAGCUGAUCGCCAUGCAGCCGCGACCGAGCCCUCCACACGCCCAUUCCCAGCCGAGCCCCACCCUCACCGAGAAGGUCAACACAGAGGUGGCGCUGAGACACAAGUCGGAGAUCGAGCACCACAGGAACAAACUGCGGCAGCGUGCCAAGAGGCGGGGGCAGUGUGAGUUUCCCUCUAUGGACGACAUCAUGGACGCGUUUGGAGACGGGCCAGUGCAGGGCGAUGUGGCGCAGCGUCUCUACAGCUCCGCCCAUGACCACAUGGACUGCAUCCUGCAGGCCGACGCUGCCUCACCCCCCACCCCCACCGACUCCAGGAGAAGAGGGAGGCGCUCUCCUCGGGGUCGGCGGGCUCAGCCAGGACCUGGAAGUCUUCCUGAUACGGACAGAGACCGGCUGCUCACCGACCAGAGUGCCACCUACAGGAAAUACCCAGGACUCAACAACGUGGCCUACAUGUCGGACCCUGACCUGCCCCCAGACCACGGCAGCCCCUCCCCUACUGACGAGGUGUUUGACCCCGCCCCAGCCCCCCAACCCUAGCACAUGCCCCCCCAGCCUUCCAUCGAGGAGGCGCGGCAGCAGAUGCACUCCCUCCUGGAUGACGCCUUCGCCCUGGUGUCGCCGUCCUCACAGGGCAGCGCCGGGGUGAGCGGGGUAAGCCCUGCCCUGCCCAGCCCCUCCCCACAGGCCCGCCCCCCAGGCAGGCAGUGGGGCUCUUACCCAGCAGCCCCCUCUCACAGCCCCUUUUCUGCAAGGUACGUAGAGCUGGGGAUGUCUCCCACAUCAGUCCAGGGCCUGUUGCAGAGGCAGGGCCUGACCUCAGGAGGGUAUGUUUCUACUGGAGACCAACUGCAGGAGUCGGUUUACUCCAGCAGGGGACAGUACGAGGACCCCCCCUCAUCGUCCAGACCACGACCUGUAGGGGGCAGCACAGGUGCACAGCUCCACCACUUGACCCAGGUGGGUUUGUCGAGCCAGAUUGGUGCCUACCCUGGGGUGGGUCGGAGUAUGUCGGGACCCACAGGCACCAGCUGGAACCAGCAGCACUCAGACCAGGAUCUGUCCAGACCUGGAGCCAGCAGAGAGAGUGUGCUGUCAUUUCCUGAGUUCUCCUCUUCCUCUGUUUUCCAGAUGCCCAGCUCCUCAUUGCGGGACCCGUCGGCUCCGCCUCUCCUCCUGACUUCACCGACACCAGAGUACCCGCCGGACGACGCCUCACCCUCCGCCCACACCUCAGCUUCCCUUAUAAAGGCUAUCAGGGAGGAGCUGCGACGUCUGGCCCAGAAACAGGCUGCAGUGACCAGCUACCCUUAGACUGGUUUGUAUCAGGACUCAGCUGGUUAUUGUUUUAAACCACUCAGAGCCAGUAAGGACUGGAUUAAAACCAUAAAACUGACUGAUCUACACUCUGGACUCUCUUGAGCUAAUCUACAUCUGUGCCGCUAAUCCAAAAUAACUCUGGACCACAAUCCACGUCUGAAAAAAAAAAGGACAUAAAAGACCUCCGGUUCUUUACAGGGUCCUGUCUGUCUGUCCGUCAUCCUUCAGCUCAGUGUUUAUUGGACAGGAGUUUGAUUCUUCACGUUUUGACUGAAGUGCUUCCUGGAGUUGAUCAUUCAAUGAUCAUCCUUCUUCAACUUCUGGAGUGACAAUUCAUUCCUGAAAAUCUGGACUGGAUUGUCCCUUCCUGACCUUCUGAAAUGGAUCCUCCCCCGUGAUCAUCUGGAGUUGGAUGGUCCUUCCCGACAUUCUUGAGCUGAUGGUCCCUCCAGAUCCUCUGGAGGAGAUGGUCCCUCCAGAUCCUCUGGAGCAGAUGGUCCCUCUCGACCGUCUAGAGCGAAUGGUCCCUCCAGACCUGCUUGGGCAUUUCAUCCCUCUUGAACUUCUGGAGAAAAUCGACGCCCCUGACCCUUCUGGAGUGGAUCAUCUCUCCUUACCUUCCAGAGUGGAUGAUCCUUUCUGGAGUUCUGAAGUGGAUGGUCCCUUUGGAACUUCUGAAGCAAGUCAUCCCUUCUGAUCUUCUGGGUGGAUCGUCCUGGAGUAGACGGUUGCUCCUGACCUUCCAAGUGGAUGGUUCCUCCUGACCUUCUGGAGUCGAUGAUCCCUCCCGAAGUUCUAAAGCAGAUCGUCGCUCUGGACCUUCUGUGGUGCUAACCGUCAGCCUCAUAUCAUCUACUCAUUGACCACUUAUUGCCUUCCACACUCCCAUCAGCCACAGAGAUCAGGUCUCUGUUCAUAAACCAUAUCAAUGAGGUCUUUGCACUGAGGACAGCUGGAGGUGGCGUACAGUUCCUUCGACAAGGGGACGCAAAACAGGAAAAAAUUAUAUAUAAAUAUCUAUAAGAAUUAAUAUAAAUAUCUGUAAAGAGAUAGAAUACCAAUGAGCACAAUAUUAAUGUAAGAGUUAUUAUUGGAGUAUUGAGAUGUUACUUAUUUUUUAUUGCUUAUAUAUGAAAGUAUACUUUAAAUCGUUUAUUUUAAACAAAAAAAAGACCAAACUACUGUUCUAUGGUUGUAUUCCUCUUGUGUUUGAGCUCGCUGUACAUUUUGAGCCGGCGCUUGUUUCUCUGUGGAGACGUUGCUUAUCGUAGCUGCUCGCUCGUGUGUUCAUGUAUCGGUGGCAAUGAAAAAAAAACUGCUAAUGCAUCGCUUUAAUAUAACGUUUUUUCAUCGCUGAUUUGUUAACAUCCAUCAAUUUGUGGGCAGAACGCUAUAGAUGAGUUUAUCACGUGGCAGUUGUUUCUGUACGGGGCAGAGAUGGUAAACCAGUCAUUCAUCACAACCAGAAAUUAAAGCUAAAAUCAGACACAACACUUGCACACAAUAAAACACAUUCUUACCACUAACUGAAUGUCAUAACUGUAGCAGUGAUAGGAGAUAACCUUAAAACUACUUCUUAUUAAUGGUAGUGAUGCAAACAAAAAAGGACCCAGGGCAGAACCUUGAGGCACACCAUAGCACAGAUGAGAAAUUAUUAACAAUGGCUGCCUCAUUAGUUCCCUGUGAGGUUAUGUCUGUUAUGCAACAGAAAACUGAUGAAAAACAUCUCUAUUCUUACUAUCAUGUUUUUUGGAGGCCUCAGUAUUGAAUUAUACUGUAUUAUUGUUACAAAAUAUAGAUAACAUUUUGUGAUAUUAUAAUAAAGCUUUUGUUCAUUCCAAAAACCACAAUAAAAAUACUUGUGUGACACCUUGAAACCGCAAUAGUUUCUGAGACGGUUAUUGUAUUGAAAAUCAGAAAAAAACUUUUCUUUGGUGCGUAAUAUUAUGCUCAAUGUAUUCACCGAGUGGCCUGGGGGCCCUAGUGUUCAACUCACACUGUAAGCACCCGGGGCCGCUGGUGGUAAGCACGAAGGGCCCAGAAACCCUCACACUGUAGGUGCUGAAGGGGCCAGAGUGGUCAGUGUGCACGAUUUGCACCGAAGGUCCUUCUGAGGCUCUGGUGGAACCGGCCCCAAAGGCCUGGUCCAUUAUCCAGCUUUGUUGCUUAUUA